AUGUUUGUGGGAGGAAAACUCAGGCCUGACCGUGCCCACGAGCCGGAAAACUUCGCACAAGCGUACUUAGUGAAUCCCCAGCCAAUUUCGGAUAAUAGAACGACCAAAACGAGAACGAGGAAGAAGAGUAUGAAGAAAAUGGAGGAAGAGGAUGAUGAUGAAGAGGAUUUUAUACCAUUUGAUGCUAUCGAUGCUGUGGAUGAACGUCACGAAGUCGAGUCCUCUGCUGUAUGUGACCCAUAUAAUGCAACAGCUCCUCAUUGCGUAGUUUGCGGCCGAACACCAAAUCCCAAAGUCCGUCUUUUUAAAUGGCCAGAAGAUGAACAGCUGCGAAAAUCAUGGUUAGCAUUCUUUCACCUCGAUAUGGAUUUUCUUGAUGACUGUAAAGUGCCAUAUAUCUGCAAUACUCACUUUGAUGCCAACCAGUUUCUCUAUGAAGGCAACAGAAUUUUUUGGAAACGUGACCCAUUUCCAAGGUACCGUCAGCGUCGUAGUGUGUUGGCUGAGCCGUUUCCUUGGGAAUUGGAACAGAAUUUUGAGAAGAAGCAACCGUCCGAAAGCAUUAGAUGUGUUCGAUUAAAACAUGGCGCAACUCAUGGACACAAAGUGACAUUUCGGGAAUCUUUCUUCAAGAGCAAGUCGAAGUCGUCCCAUCCAGUCGCUGUUGUUUCUUUGCCAGAAAAUCCGAAUAUUUUCUAUGAAUUCUCCUAUACAAGGACGUCGACCAAAGACGCCAGCAAAUUUUACUCAUGCCUCACCUGUAGGCGUGCAAAGACGGACACACGGGUCAAAGAUGUAAUCCGCACCAUUCAUAUCAAGGAUGGCACAAUUCGAAGCCGUGGUGAUCCAUUCUGGGGUCACCACUUCGCCUGCAGGCCAUUCACUUCUUUAGCCACGUCAAGUCCUGUGCGUCCGGAUACCUCUCAAAUUGAUUACGUGGAGUACAGUGGAGCCGAUGAGGAAUUUCUACGCGAACACGACCAGGCAGGAAGCCGCUGGGAGGAAGGCUGCUCGUCCAUAGAACAGACGCCCUUCAUUGCGGCUAGUUCGAAAAUUCCAGAACUCAUCGGUAGUGGAGUAAAAAGGAAUUAUCUCCAUGAAUCUGGAAGUUCAGCCAGUUUCGUCAACAGUACCCCGUAUAGCAUGAAAACUUCAACUGCAUGGUUUGUAAAACAGGUCUCGUCGAUCUCGGAAUUUACCACGUUGUCACCUUUGUCAUCGAGUUCUGCCUUCAACAGUACUUCUCGUGCAACAUUUACUGCGGCAUGUAAAAUCCACACCAAAAUGUCGUUGCUGCCGAACAAAAAUAUCACCGGAUGCUCCAAUACGACUACGACGGAAGAGAAUAUGCUCGUCAUGUCACAUAAAAAGGUUUAA